AUGGAUCCAACACAAUCAGGCGGAGGCCAGCAUGGUCGCGCAGAGCCGGAAUAUAACAUCAGGAACGGGGGCCAUUACGGAGCCAGCGCUGCGCUCUCAGCUCAAGGAUAUGCGCCAGUACCCGAACUCUACACAGGAUCAUGGGCCAACGUUAGCCAAGGCCUCCAGGGCAAUUCGCGCGAUAUCCUCACCACCUACUGGCAGCAUACGAUCAACCAUCUCGAAUCCGACAACCAUGACUACAAAAUUCACCAAUUGCCCCUGGCCCGGAUAAAGAAAGUGAUGAAAGCGGACCCAGAAGUGAAGAUGAUCUCAGCCGAAGCCCCAAUCCUAUUCGCCAAGGGCUGCGACAUCUUCAUAACGGAACUGACUAUGCGCGCCUGGAUACAUGCCGAGGACAACAAACGGCGAACCCUCCAACGUUCAGACAUUGCCGCCGCCCUCUCCAAAUCAGACAUGUUCGAUUUCCUCAUUGACAUCGUCCCGCGCGAGGAGGCUACACCCCACAAACGGUCCGCCCAGACAGCUCCCCCGGCGGCCACCGCCCCUCCGCCGCACAACGCGCCCGGCCAACUUCCCCCACAAUCUCAGCCAGGCGUCCAGCACCCGCAACACCAUAUGGGCCCUCCGGAUUAUGGCUCCCUUGGGCAGCAUACCAUGGGCCAGGAGCAGGAUUACCGCCAGCAGCAGAUGUAUGGAGGAGCCGUCCAAUCGGACCCGGGAUAUGGUCAGCCGCAGCCGCAGAUGUUUGAGAAUAUGUAUGCGCCGUACCCGCAUAUUCCUCCACAACAGUGA